AUGGCGCCCACUGGAGGAGGUGUUUCUGCUCCUGGAACGAAGAGCAAGGGCAAGAAUAAGACCAAGAGCGUGCGCCACCUUCUUGCGCCGCCGGCAGCAACGGCUUCUCCCUCUCCAGCGCCAGGAUCAAGGGGCAAAAGGUCUGCAUCUCAGAGUAUUAGCCCUAGUGGAACUUGUGAAAGUCCAACUACAGAAGCAUCAGUAGCAGCAUUAGUGUCAGUGAUGGGUUCUUGUGCUCCAAAUUUUGACACUAGUUGCAUUGGCAGUGGCGCUGGACCCGCUUGUGCACCAGCAACAACCACAACUCCAAAUGUUGACAAUGAUGACCCAGAGGAUGGCGAGGAUGAAGAGGAGGCUCACCUUUCUGGCAAGAGGUACAAGAAAUGCACAUCGUGGGUCUGGAAUUAUUUCACCAAGAAAAAGGAGUAUGUAGAGGUGGAAGGAAAGCAGAUUGAGGAGAUUUGGGGAUACUGCAAUUUCGCUAGGUGUGAUCAGAGCUUUCCGAUAAAAUCUCGUGUCACUGUUAGGAAAGAAAUAAUGGACAAUUAUUUCCAAGAAAAGGAAACUCUGUAUGCACACUUGAAAACUAUGAAUUGCCGCUUUAGUGCAACAAUGGAUAUGUGGACCUCAUGCCAAAACAAAGGAUACAUGUGUCUUACAAUUCAUUGGAUAGAUGAUAGUUGGCGUAUGCAAAAGAGAAUUAUUGGUUUCUUCAAUGUAAAAGGUAGGCAUACUGGUGCAAAGUUGUCUGAGACAUUCACUGAAGUUAUGGUUAAAUGGUACAUUGAAAAUAGACUGUUUGCUUUGACUUUGGAUAAUGCUAGUUCAAAUGAAGUGGCUGUCAAUGAUAUUAUUUCAGAUCUGAAAGAGAAUGCUAAUGGUUCCCUAGUGUGUGAUGGGAUGUUUUUUCAUGUUAGAUGUGCCUGCCAUAUUCUCAAUUUGGUUGCUAGAGAUGGGUUGAAAGUCAUUUCAGGAACACUCAGCAAGGUCAAAUCACUUGUACUAGCUGUGAAAGGGUCUCCAUUGCAGUGGGAAGAGCUUAUGAAGCGUGCCACCGAAGCUGGGUUGGAUACAAAGAGGGACCAUGACCUAGAAGAAUUCUUAUAUGAUGCAAGUGAACCUGCUGUGGUUGAGUCAAAUGAUUUGGAGAGGUAUUUGUUGGAACCACUACUGAAAAUUGUUGAUUCUAAAAUGGUUGGAUCAAUUGUGAGUGAUCUUGAGGUUGAUGCUUUGACUAAUGUUGUGGCUAAGCUGAAAAUUGAGGACAAUAACAAGGAGGGGGAAGAGGACGCUGAGGAGGACAAUGAGGAAGAAAAAGACAUGGAAAGUGAUCCUAUUCCUGACAUCAUGAAUGAUGCUGAUGAACUGUAG